AUGGCGGAUGGUCAGCUCCCAGUUGGAGACGAGACCCUAGACGAGCUUGGGGAGGAAUUCCUCGGCGAUCUCCCCGACGGAGCUCUACCUGAUCUCCACGAAGAUGUUGCACUGUUUACCCCUGUCGGUGCUCAGCCGCCUCCGUCUGGAGAACCUGCGGCCAAAAAGCUUUGUAGUGAGGGGCAGUCCUCGGCUGCCAGUACCUCGGGCACUGCCACCGCGUCACUUUCGGCUCCUCCUCCGAUCCCCCGCGCAAGCUCUUCCGGCAGCUCCGAUGCCACGGCUUCCGCACCUGGCCGCACGAAUGCUCCCUCUGCGCCUCGCCCGGUGCCUGCUUCUCGCUCUCGGCCCGUGCAGCCGGAACCUGAACCAGAUCACGCUGCAGCUGGUGCGGCCACUGGCCUUGCUCCCCACGCCCGCUAUCGGAACUUGCGUCGCCACCGUACGACGGUCGGAGCGAUUCUGCAUGCGCUGACGCGCAACACGCAGGCGAUGGUCGAUGUGAUCUUCCCCGAGUCCUCGGCGGAGGAGAUUCGCGCCGCGGUGUUAACACGUAUCUCCGCUCUCAUCAACGGUCAGGCGUUCAACGGGGUCAUUCCCUCGUUUGAGUCAGCGGCUGGACGGCUGAUUGGCCAGCAGCCUGCCCCCGCAGCGUUCAAGAAGGAUCCCGGCCUCCUCCUGAUUGGGAUCGACCUGGACGUCGAGGUCUGGACGUGCUCCCUGUGCGACUUCGAGUGUGGCUUGGCGUUGGACAGCGCCAUGUACCACCUCGCUUCAGAAACUCACCGCAAGCACCUGCAGGACUCGGCUCAUCUGCCGGCAGUCAAAGAGAAAUACGGAGCUUGGAGGGUCACUACGCUGUUGCAGCACCCUCGUAUCACUGCGUUCCUGCAGUAG